AUGAGCACGUGGUCUCCCUAUCUUGUGACUCGGCGAAGCAUAAAUGGCGGACGACAAAGACCACGAGGAAGAGAAAGCGGAUGAAUCCGCCGAAGAGAGCGCCUCAGACCCUGAAGACAUGACAAACGGAGGCGAAAACGACGAAGGGGAUGACGAGGAAUUCGACGAUCCAGAAGGAUUCGUAGAUGACAUUCCCGAACAAGAACUUCUUGGAGAUAUCUUGCGACAGAAACCCUCAGAAACUGAGGGAACAGACUGUAUCAUUGUUGUGGACAAUGUGCCAAAAGUUGGGCCUGAGCGUGUGGAAAAAUUAAAAAAUGUUAUUCGUAAAGUCUUCUCAAAGUUUGGCCAGAUUGUAACAGAGCAUUACCCCAUGGAGAAGGAUUUGACAAGAGGGUACAUCUUUCUGGAGUUUUCAAAUGCCAGUGAUGCAGUACGUGCUGUCAAGACGGCUAAUGGCUACAAACUGGAUAAGCACCAUAUCUUUGCUGUCAACCACUUUGAGGAUUUUAACAAGCUGUUGUCUCUCAAAGAAGAAUGGCAAGAGCCCACUAAACAGCCGUAUGAACAGCAGGAAAAUCUUCGCAGCUGGCUUCUUGAUCCUGAUUGUAAUGAUCAGUAUUCAGUCAUUCACUCUGCUGGUGAUAAGCUUUCCAUCUUCUCGAACACGCCGCAAGAACCUAUUCUAGUCAGGGAGAGGGAUAAUUGGACUGAAAUGUAUGCUCAGUGGUCUCCAAAGGGUACAUACCUUGCGACUUUCCACAAGCAAGGUAUUGCUCUUUGGGGUGGAGAGGACUUUAAGCGUAUCAUGAGAUUCAACCACCCAGGAGUGCAACUGAUAGACUUUUCUCCUUGCGAAAGAUAUCUUGUGAGCUUUAGUCCUAUUGUGACCAAUACAGAAGAUCCAACAGGAAUUGUCAUCUGGGAAAUCAGAACUGGUCUGAAAAAGAGGGGUUUCCUCGCAGGAGAUACAUCACAGUGGCCUGCUUUCAAAUGGAGUAAUGAUGGCAAAUACUUUGCUAGAAUGGCCCCUGACAGUAUAAGUGUCUAUGAGACGCCGUCAUUUGGUUUGCUGGACAAGAAAAGCUUGAAAAUACAAGGAGUCAAGGAUUUCCAGUGGUCUCCGGUAGACAACAUCAUUGCCUUCUGGGUUCCUGAAGUGAAAGACACGCCCGCCAGGGUGACCCUCAUGCAGAUUCCAGAACGACAUGAAGUCCGGGUCAAAAAUCUUUUCAAUGUGUCAGAUUGCAAAAUGUACUGGCAGAAUAAGGGAGACUUCUUCUGUGUCAAAGUUGACAGAUAUACAAAGAGUAAAAAGGCACUUUACUAUAACUUUGAGCUGUUCCGUGUGAGAGAGAGACAGAUCCCAGUGGACAGCUUGGAGAUGAAAGAGCCCAUCAUCUCAUUCGCUUGGGAACCUGGCGGUAGCAAGUUCUGUGUUCUCCAUGGUGACUCCAGCAGAAUCUCAGCCAGCUUCUACAACAUGGAGAAGCAGGGAAGUGUGGACUUGCAAAAAACUUAUGAGAAGCGUCAAGCUAACACCAUCAGCUGGUCGCCCAAUGGUCAGUUCUGUGUCCUUGCUGGCUUGAGAAGUAUGUCUGGAGUCCUAGAGUUCCAUGACACAGGAGACUGGGUGUGUAUGAACCAGGCCGAGCACUUCAUGGCUACUGACGUCGAGUGGGAUCCCACUGGAAGAUAUGUCGCCACCUCUGUCAGCUGGUGGGCACAUAAGGUUGAUAAUGGGUACUUCAUCUGGUCCUUCCAAGGCAAGCUACUACAGCGACAUGCAUUAGACCAAUUCUGUCAGUUUCUGUGGAGACCGCGCCCAGCAACUCUGUUGGAUGAAGAUGCUAUUAAGAAACUCAAGAAAGACAUCAAGAAAUACCAACGCACUUUUGAGAUUAAGGACCGCAUGAGCCAGUCCAGGGCCUCCAAGGAACUGAUUGAGCGCCGGCGUCGCAAGAUGAAGGAGUUUGAAGGCUACCGACAGAAGAAGAGCAAUGAGUUUAUCCAGCAGAAGAAACAGAGGCUUGAGCUGCGCAAUGGCUUAGACACUGACGACUUUGAGUCGGAGACAGCCCAAGAGAUUGAUGAGGAAGUUGUUGAAUUCUUUGUAAAGGAAGAGAUUAUAGACGUCGAGGAAUAAUUCAUCCAGCACCCGUCAUCGUCGCCGCCGCCAUUUGCCGAGUUUGAGGGUUCCUGACGUCCAUCAAAACCUUUACGCAGAGAAGCUCAGAGCAACCCCUGAGUGUUCUGAGCCAUCCUUUCAAUCUAAUAGUGUUAAUCAGAUUUGCCUUGAGAUAUCUUGUUAUAGAAAGAACUAUUCAAAUUCACUCACAAGUAGCUUAACCUGGGUCUGUCAUUAUGUUUUCAUUUUAUGCUGACACAAUAGGGUCCAUUGCCUUUUGCGCCCACAUUUUUUUCGCUAAAUGUUCAGCGCUCUUCCCGAGCCUCGUUUCAGUGGUGUCCCUUCCCAUGAUGCCGCUCGUUGUGCGAGGUUCGUUAUUCUUUGUUGCGCGUGCGCAUUGGAGAAUAUCAAAUAGCGUCGAUCGAAGAGCAUCUUGGGAAGAGUCAUCGUCGAAAAGGGACGCCGGGGAGAUAGCACAACCUAAUCAAUUGUACUAUUAUUUUUCUAUAAUUAGAAUAUUAAAGUGGCAUAUCCUGAA